UCCAGUGAAGAACUCCACAGCCCUAGCCCAAACUCUGCCAUUCUCCAUAGCCCGGAGUUACAAGCACACUGAGGAAAAACCAGCACGAAUGUGAGAGGAAGAGAGAGAAAGAGAGAGAGCGCAAGCCAUAAAGUAACUACUAAAACCAGAGAAAAAUAAAGCGAGGCUUUGCGCCUCGAGAAAAAAAAAACGAGAGAGGAAAGAAUACGAACAAGUUUAGUUUAGAAAGCGUGGUGGAAAACUUUUCUGGGCUGUGGCAGACAGCUGUGGACCGCGGAAGAUGCCAGAGCAAAGGUGUUGAACUUUCCAGAAUAUAAAGGAAGACGAGAGAGAGUUUGAGCAUUAGCCUUGGCAAUUCAGAAGGAACAAGGGCUGACACGGUCCACACUAGGGGACAGGUGAAGAAGUAACACAAUCAAAGAUGGCUGACGAGCAGGACACAAGGGAAGUGCUUUUCCCACAGUGGAUGGGCGCUGAUAAGGUUGGGCUCACCAUAGAACAGAAAGGUCAAGGAGAGAUUUUUGUCAAAGAGGUGAAAGAUGAGUCCCCUGCUGCUCAUAGUGGGAAAGUAUAUGAAGGUGACCAAAUUGUGGGGGCCACCAUUUACUUUGACAACAUGAGCUCAGAAGAAACAGCUGAACUACUAAAGACUCUAAACAAACAUAAGGUUGGACUAAAAUUACAAAACAAGACUGGAGACAAGUCACCUUGCCGCUCUCCAGUGGGGACAUUAUCAUGGGAAGGACGUGCAGGGUUAGGAGGCUCUAGUUCAGACAUUCUCCUGAGUGGGGAUGACGAAGACUACAAGAGAAUCUACACCAAGAAGAUUAAACCUAGACUAAAGUCCGAGGAUCUUGCUGAGGGCGUUGAUGUGCGCACAGAACGUCACAGCAGCACAAGCAGUGAUGGUUGCACCAUUACUACAAUCACUCGUCGGAUAACUACCUACACUGUGGACGUGCCUGGGGGGACUAGUCCGCAGAUUGAUCCCUCAAGCCCUGAGUUCAAAAUUCAGGUCUUGCAGCAUGAGCAGUCGGAGGGGGAUUCUUCUCAAAUCAAAUUACCACAUAGUACCCUUGUUAGCGGUGCACACGGAGGUAUAAAAAUGGGGGACAUAUCUCUUAGCGGGCCCCAUGUCACUGGCUCCUCUGUGAAGCACUCUAGCAUAGGAUCUUACAAAGCAACAAGUGAAUUAGAUGGUAGUGGGAAAGAGAUUACAAUUAAUGUGUCAGACACUGGACUGUCAAGUGGUAAAGGAAAAAUGGUGAUAGAACAUUUUGGAAGGACUGAAGCUUCUGCGGGCAGUAGUGAUCUCUCUGGCAAAGUAACCAUGGGGUUUGACAAAGAUGUGGGAAAUAUUUCUUCUCCCUUGGAAGCUGGUUUUAAGGCUUCAGGUAUGAUGGAAGGAACUGAGUUCUCUACAGUAAAAGGCCCUGUUCUGGACACGCGUGUUUCAGGUUUUUCCAUUAGUGGAGAUGCAGGGGACAGUAUUGGCAGGCAAUCUUUGUCUAAAGUUACCAUAGAUGUUCAAAGGCCUAAGGAAGGUCCAAAUGUAGAUGUGAAUAUUAACAAUCAAAAUCUCAACGAGAGAGGUUUUAGCAUAACAGGGAAUCAGGACAUGCCAGGUGCAUCAUUUAGAAUGAAAGGCACUAAUUUGGAGGGCCCCAAAUUGGAUACUGAUGUAAAACCAGGCUCAUUUGGACUUAAGGGUUCAAACGUUCAGGAAACAGUAGUAAGUCUUCCUAAAGCUGAUGUUAAAAUCACAUCACCAGGUAUGGGCAUCAAGGGUCCAGAGUUUCACAUUAAAGGACAUGAGGGUUCAGUCACAGAUGUCAAAUUUGAUGUGCCAUCAAUCACUGGUCAAAGAAUUUCUACACCAGAUGUAGAUUUAAGCCUGAAAGGACAAAAAGCGAAAGGAGAUGUUAAUGUGUCUGUUCCAAAUGUGGAAGGGAAUGUUACAUCAUCAAGGGUUGGAAUUAAAGGACCAGAUCAUGAGGGUGUCCAGAGUGGCUUUACUGUUCCAAAGAUCAAAAUGCCCUCGGUUGAAAUAAAAAGUUCAGAAGUGAGGGGGCCUGAUGUUGAUUUAAAUGUUGCAAAGUCCAAAAUGGAGAUUACAGCACCAGAUAUGGAUAUCAAGACUAGAGAGCUUAACAUUGAAAGAUCUGAAGGGAAAGUCAUAGAUCCUACAAUCAAGAUACCAUCAGUCUCAGGUCCUCAGAUUUUGGUGUCAGAUGUGAACUUAAGCAUGAAAGGGUCAACACUGAAAGAUGACAUCAAUGUCUCUGCUCCAAAAGUGGAAGGAGAUGUUAAAGCACCUAAAAUUGAAAUUGAAGGCUCAGACCUUGAAAGUGCUGGGUUUGGUUUUAAGAUGCCAAAAAUCAGAAUGCCUUCAUUUGGAAUCAAAGGUUCAAAAGUGGAAUGCCCUGAUGUUGACAUAAAUCUUCCCAAAGCUGACAUUGAAAUUAAACCUCAAGACGUGAAUAUUAAGGGUCCAGAGCUUGACAAUGAAGGAAAAAUCACGGGCUCCAAAUUCAAAAUUACUAUGCCAGACGUUGAUCUGAAAGGUCCAAAACUGAAAGGUGAUGUUGAUGUGUCCAUUCCAAAAGUGGAAGGAGAUAUUAAAGCAUCUAAAGUUGAAUUUGAAGGACCUGAGGGUGGUUUUAAGAUGCCAAAAAUCAAAAUGCCAUCAUUCGGACUGAAGGGUCAAAAAGUAGAGGGUCCAGAUGUUGAUGUGAAACUCCCCAAAGCCGAUAUCAAGGUUAAUGCACCAGAUGUGGACAUCAAAGCUCCCGAGAUUGACAUUGAAGGACCUGAGGGAAAAAUCAAGGGCCCCAAAUUCAAGAUGCCAUCAAUCUCUGGUCCAAAGAUUUCUAUGCCAGAUGUUGACUUCAACCUGAAAGGUCCAAAACUGAAAGGUGAUGUUGACGUGUCUGUUCCAAAAGUGGAAGGAGAUAUUAAAGCACCUAAAGUUGAAAUUGAAGGCCCGGACAUCGAAGGACCUGAGGGAAAAAUCAAGGGCCCCAAAUUCAAGAUGCCAUCAAUCUCUGGUCCAAAGAUUUCUAUGCCAGAUGUUGACUUCAACCUGAAAGGUCCAAAACUGAAAGGUGAUGUUGACGUGUCUGUUCCAAAAGUGGAAGGAGAUAUUAAAGCACCUAAAGUUGAAAUUGAAGGCCCAGAAAUUGAAGGAUCUGAGGGUGGAUUUAAGAUGCCAAAAAUCAAAAUGCCAUCAUUUGGACUGAAGGGUCCAAAAGUGGAGGGUCCAGAUGUUGAUGUGAAACUCCCUAAAGCCGAUAUCGAGGUUAAAGCACCAGAUGUGGACAUCAAAGCUCCCGAGAUUGACAUUGAAGGACCUGAGGGAAAAAUCAAGGGCCCCAAAUUCAAGAUGCCAUCAAUCUCUGGUCCAAAGAUUUCUAUGCCAGAUGUUGACUUCAACCUGAAAGGUCCAAAACUGAAAGGUGAUGUUGACGUGUCUGUUCCAAAAGUGGAAGGAGAUAUUAAAGCACCAAAAGUUGAUUUUGAAGGACCAGACAUUGAAGGACCUGAAGCACCAGAUGUGGACAUCAAAGCUCCCGAGGUUGACAUUGAAGGACCUGAGGGAAAAAUCAAGGGCCCCAAAUUCAAGAUGCCAUCAAUCUCUGGUCCAAAGAUUUCUAUGCCAGAUGUUGACUUCAACCUGAAAGGUCCAAAACUGAAAGGUCCAAAAGUGGAGGGCCCAGAUGUUGAUGUGAAACUCCCUAAAGGAGAUAUUGACUUUAAGGCACCAGAAAUGGACAUCAAAGCUCCUGAUCUUGACAUUGAAGGACCUGAGGGAAAAAUCAAGGGCCCCAAAUUCAAGAUGCCAUCCAUUUCUGGCCCAAAAAUUUCUAUGCCAGAUGUGGACUUCAACCUGAAAGGCCCAAAACUGAAAGGUGAUAUUGAUGUUUCUGUUCCAAAAGUGGAAGGAGAUAUAAAGGCACCAAAAGUAGACAUUGAAGGUCCUGACAUUGAAGGACCUGAAGGUGGUUUCAAGAUGCCUAAAAUCAAAAUGCCAUCAUUUGGACUCAAAGGUCCUAAAGUGGAGGGCCCAGAUGUUGACAUCAAUCUCCCCAAAGCAGAUGUUGACAUUAAAGGACCUGAAAUUGAUGUUAAUGCUCCUGAUCUUGACAUUGAGGGACCUGAGGGCAAAAUCAAAGGUCCCAAGUUCAAAAUGCCUUCCAUAUCAGGUCCAAAGAUUUCUAUGCCAGAUGUCGACUUAAAUCUUAAAGGCCCAAAAGUCAAGGGUGAUAUGGAUGUUUCUGCACCAAAGAUUUCAGGGGACAUAAAGGCACCAAAAGUAGACAUUGAAGGUCCUGAUGUUGAUAUUGAGGGCCCAGAAGGUGGCUUCAAGAUGCCUAAAAUCAAAAUGCCAUCAUUUGGACUCAAAGGUCCUAAAGUGGAGGGCCCAGAUGUUGACAUCAAUCUCCCCAAAGCAGAUGUUGACAUUAAAGGACCUAAAAUUGAUGUUAAUGCUCCUGAUCUUGACAUUGAGGGACCUGAGGGAAAAAUCAAAGGUCCCAAGUUCAAAAUGCCUUCCAUAUCAGGUCCAAAGAUCUCUAUGCCAGAUGUUGACUUUAAUCUUAAAGGCCCCAAAGUCAAGGGUGAUAUGGAUGUUUCUGUACCAAAGAUUUCAGGGGACAUAAAGGCACCAAAAGUAGAUGUUGAAUGUCCUGAUAUUGACAUUGAGGGGCCAGAAGGUGGCUUCAAGAUGCCUAAAAUCAAAAUGCCAUCAUUUGGAUUCAAAGGGCCCAAAGUGGAGGGCCCAGAUAUGGACAUCAAUCUCCCUAAAGCAGAUGUUGACAUUAAAGGACCUAAAAUUGAUGUUAAUGCUCCUGAUCUUGACAUUGAGGGACCUGAGGGCAAAAUCAAAGGUCCCAAGUUCAAAAUGCCUUCCAUAUCAGGUCCAAAAGUCUCUAUGCCCGAUGUAGACUUCAAUCUUAAAGGCCCCAAAGUCAAGGGUGAUAUGGAUGUUUCUGCACCAAAGAUUUCAGGAGACGUAAAGGCACCAAAAGUGAACAUUGAAGGUUCUGAUGUUGCGAGGGGCCUGGAAGGUGGCUUCAAGAUGCCUAAAAUCAAAAUGCCAUCAUUUGGAUUCAAAGGGCCCAAAGUGGAGGGCCCAGAUGUUGACAUCAAUCUCCCCAAAGCAGAUGUUGACAUUAAAGGACCUAAAAUUGAUGUUAAUGCUCCUGAUCUUGACAUUGAGGGACCUGAGGGCAAAAUCAAAGGUCCCAAGUUCAAAAUGCCUUCCAUAUCAGGUCCAAAAGUCUCUAUGCCAGAUGUAGACUUCAAUCUUAAAGGCCCCAAAGUCAAGGGUGAUAUGGAUGUUUCUGUACCAAAGAUUUCAGGAGACAUAAAGGCACCAAAAGUGGACAUUGAAGGUCCUAAUGUUGAUAUAGAGUGCCCAGAAGGUGGCAUCAAGAUGCCUAAAAUCAAAAUGCCAUCUGUUGGACUCAAAGGUCCUAAAGUGGAGGGCCCAGAUGUUGACGUCAGUCUCCCCAAAGCAGGUGUCGACAUUAAAGGACCUGAAAUUGAUAUGAAAGCUCCUGAUCUUGAUUUUGAAGGACCUGAGGUUGGUUUGAAACAGGUUAAAUUCCCAAAAUUCAAAGGUCCCAGUUUUGGAAUAAAGUCUUCAGGUGGCAGCCUUUCAACACCUGAAAAAGAUACAGAAGCGAGUAUUGCUGUCAAAAGCCCUGAUGUCAACAUCAGUGGACCAGAUGCAAAUAUCAAAGUGCCGAAAACUAAAAAAUCUAAAUUUUCACUUGGAGUUAAGGGCCCAAAAAUGGAUGCAGAAAUUCCUGAUGCUGGUGGUAGUGUGGAAGGGCCUGAUGUGAACAUAGAUGUGAAAGGAAAGAAGGGUAAAUUCAAAUUGCCUAAAGGGAAGGGGAAGUCUAAAACCUUUGAUGUUGAGAUGGAGACAGAUAAACCUGACAUACAUAUCAAGUCAGGCAAAGUAAAGAAACCUCUUUUCGGAAGGUUACAUUUUCCUGAUGUGGAAUUUGACAUAAAAUCUCCAAAAGCUAAAGGUUCAUCUGCAUCUGGAACUGUAAAAUCAUCUAAUGUUGAAAUGCCUUCUGCAAGCCUUAAAACUGAUAUUCAGACACCAGAUGCUAGUUUGGACAGCCCUGAUUUCAAAACAAAAGGAGGGAAAAUCAAAAUGCCAAAAGUCGGCAUCUCUGGCCCCGAGAUAAAAACCCCCGGACUGGAUGUUAGAGAUGCAGCGUUAGAGGUUCCGGGAAAGACUUUUAGUGCCCCAGAUGUCAGUGUAGCAGGAUCAGGCAUUAAUGGUAAAGGCAGGGCUAAAAUUGACAUAGGAGGAAAAAUGCAGGAUGUUGAGUUGACAGUGCCUGGUGUAAAUGUGCAUGGUGGUGCUUUAGAUGCUGAUUUAAAUCUCACUGAGCAAAAAGGAGCAAAAGGGAGCAUUGAAAUACCAGGCUUUAAUGUAAGAGGACUAAAGGGAGAGACUGCAAGUGGGUUAGAUGUGAAGCCAGAUGCAUCAGUAUCUGGUGGGAUGGAGUACCAGGAAGGUAGUGUGACCUUUCCUAAAAUCAAAGUACCAAAGUUUGGUGUUGCAUUGCCUAGAGUAGAUGGAGGAGAUAUGGGAGUUGAUGUACGUUCAGGUGAAUUGGCUGCUGGUUCGAAAGUGAGUUCCCAAAGUCUGGAAAUGGAGAGCCCAGAUAUCAAAAGCAGUGGUGGAAAAGUGAAAGUCAAAAUGCCAAAAUUAUUUGUCAAAUCUAAAUCUAAAGGUGGCAGUGCAGCUGAUCUUACUGUUGAGGGAGAAGAUAUUGUUACCAGUAAAGGUGGUGCAAAGGUGUCUAAGGAUCUGAGCCUUAGUUCUGGGGAAUUGACAGGUGGAAAGUUGUCGGUAGAGGGAAGCUCUGGGUUUAAAGUUUCACCGAAGAGUAAAUCUGCGUCCCUUGACCUCUUCAAGAAAACACGACAUCACUCCUCUGUAAGUGAUGAGGGAGAUUUAGCUUCCCCUGUUUCUGCUGAAGGCCACUUACAGGCAGAGGGUGGCACCCUUUCUGCUGAUGUUGGAGAAAAGGCUAAAGGCAAAAAAGGAAAGUUGAAGUUUUCUACAAUUGGAGGUUUUAGCUCGAAAAGUAAAGGUUCAUAUGAAGUGACAGAUGAAAGUGAGGUUAAGAUUGAGGGUGCUGGUGGAGUUGCUCAGUCUUCAAAGAAAUCCAGAAUGUCAUCAUCAUCUAGCAGCGAUAGUGGUUCAAAAGGCACUUUUCGGUUACCACAACUCGAAAUAGCGGUUUCGCCAAAGAAAUAGAUGUCACGCUAGUAUCUAUACACAGUACAUUCACAUACACACUUUUUUUUUUUUUUUUUU